UGAACAGCGAAGUGUUUUCCGAGUGAUGAGCAACAUGUACGGGUUUCCAACGGCGGCGCAAAUCAACGAUGAUUUCCAGCAGCAUCAGAACCAGCCGAGCGCCGGUCCCGGCGACGGUCACAUCAAACGACCGAUGAACGCUUUCAUGGUGUGGUCGCGAAUUCAAAGGAGGAAAAUAGCGCUAGACAAUCCGAAAAUGCACAAUUCCGAAAUAUCCAAGCGGCUCGGCGCCGAAUGGAAGCUGCUCUCCGAGGCGGACAAACGACCUUUCAUCGACGAGGCGAAGAGAUUGCGGGCGCUGCACAUGAAGGAGCAUCCCGAUUACAAAUACCGACCGAGGAGGAAGCCCAAAGGACCGCUGGUUAGUGGCAUCAAACCGCACAUGACGGGCUACUCCAUGCCGCAGCUGCACUAUCCGUUUCCGUCGAUGGAGACCAUCAACUCGCCGUAUCCGUACUUCAAUCCGGCUUUCGAUAUAUCCAGGAUACCGUCGAUGAAGGCGGAAGAGCAUCAGCAUUUGACGCACCAACCCGCGGUGGUGACCUCCUUGCAUUCAUCGUUACACAAUUCCUUGUAUUCGUCGCUGUAUCAACAGCCGAAGGGAUUCGCGCCCGGUCCGCCGAUGAGCAUGUUCUCGUCGAUUCCCGGUAAUCCCAUGAUGUAUUCGGCGUCUUCGAGUCCCGCUUCCAGUCCGGCCAGCUCGGAUCUGGAGAUCAGGAGGCCGCUGCCCGUGCCAGUGAUGUAUUAGUGAUCGACUUUAGGAUAUUAUGAUGAGACGGUUAUUAUAUUUUUUGUUGGAAAUUUUGUUGAUGAUUUGAUCUUGUUUAGUUGUUUAUUUCGUUUACUGUGAUUACAUAUUCCGACUGAUUUUUGUACAUAUAUUCAGUAGGUACUUUAAUUGUAAUUGUAUAUGUAAGUAAGGC